UUUAGCCUGUGAAUUUGUAAAUAUGGCGCGGGAGCACUAUGCGCUUGUCGAUCGCAGUUUCUAAGUUUGUUAUAAUUAUUUGGAGUUACCCGUGACAUUAUUUUAAGCUGCGGUUCGCUUAAACAAUAAUAAAGAUGACGGCAGAGGUUGUACCAGUGUCGCAGCUGUCGUCCUGCAAUGAUGAGGACUUCGAUAAAGUCAUCAAGGAAAUGUCACUCAAGACGCUGAUGGAGAGCAUCUCGGGGCUGCAGAAGGAGAUGGCGAGAGAGCAGGAGAACUUUAACUCCCUGAACGCGGAGCUCCAGAGCAUGAAGAGCCGGAACUCCUCCCAGUACAAGUCCAUCUCCAGGGAGAUGGUGACGUCACAGACGAGGCUCACGCUGCUCAUGAACAGAAGCAUGAAAUGUUUUGCACAGAUGCGAGUCACAAAGCAAAACUUACAGCAAGGAAAACAGGGUCCGGUCCAGCUCAGGAGACGAAAUUCCGCAAAAGGGGACCAACCCUCACCUACCAAAUCCUCCACCUCCGUUCAGCGCAGCAAAUCUAUGUAUAUUCCACCCCAACCCGAUCCAGACCCACCUGCAACCCGAAUCAUAAAAGCCGGAAGUAGUGCUCUUAUUAACCAAAACCCAAACACGUCAAAACCCUACACUCCCGUCAUCGCCAAUGGCGUCUUGACAACCCGACCUCCCGCUGGUGCACGUGUUCCUGCUGACAGGGUUAAAGGUCAGGUGCAUAUGGUUAAUGCAAUUAAUAAACCGACUAGCAAUGGUAUACAGAAGCUUAUCAUGCAGGACAAUAUUCAGAAUAACUUGGCGCCGGUGACUAAUGGGUCUAAUGGGGAGAAAGAAGCUUUGCAGAUAUUGCCCAGUGUCCGAAUGUUGGCUAAGAAUUUCAGUGUGUCCGAGAAAUCCAUUGAUUCUAAUGUGGCUAAGAGUAACAAGCCAAGAUUGGUGAAACUUAGAUCGAGCGAGUCAAUGAGGAUUGAGAGGCCUGUCUCUGAUGGGUUAGUGUUUUCUUCUAAACAGAACAAUGAUGCUGUUAUGAAUGGAACACGAAGCGAGCAGACGUCAUCUGGGAGACAUGUUGUGUCAACUGUUCUAAAGUUUGAUCCGUCUCCGAAGUACAAAUCCACUGACAACUUGUCCACUAUAGAUAUGGCAUCCCCCCGACCUAGAACCAACUCCAUACCGAGGGUCAUUACGGUUGCGAGUAGUGCAAGGGAGGUAACUCAGGCUAAUGAUGUCAAUUCAUCUACAAAUAAAGUUACUUUGAAUGGUAAGACUUGGAAUAGUACCCCAAAGGAAAACCAACAACCCAGAACAACAGUAAAUGUCAAAACUAAUGGAAGCAAAGCUGUUGCGAACAAUUCUGUCAAGUCAAAUAAAGUUGAGUAUAAUAUGUUUCCUGGUAAAGAUGCCCUAAUGCAGGAGAUAGUGUCUCGUAGGAAGGACAGUGACAUGGAAACAACAAGAAUUGAAGUCAAUGAACAUGUGUUGAAAUCCAAACCAGUUGUCACGGCACAGUCCACACAGCAGACGGACAAGACUAGAGAGCAGACGGCAACAUUCACUCAGCAGACCACAGCAUCUACUCGGCAGAUGGCAACAUCCAUGCAGCAGACGGCAACAUCCACCCAGCAGACGACAACAUCUUCUCGGCAGACAGCAACAUCCAAACAGCAGACCCCAGUCAGCAAAACUGGAAUAACUCAUGUGGUCACAACCAAAGUGUUCGUCCAAGCACAGGAUCCCAAAGCAGCACCAUCUCAAGGGAUUACGGAGAACCAACAGGGAGGAGGUGUUCCGAGUGACGGCAAUGCCUCCACCAAAUCCGUGCCCGUGGUCGUCAAGAGUGGAGGAUCUCAGGGACCUCCGGAAAAACCAGCCCGGAGAUCCCGGCCCGACUCCCAGAACCUGCUGGACAAGGGGAGACAACCCAGCCAGGCACCAGGUCCCCCGGUAGCAGCACCCCCCACAGACCCCAGCGCCAGGGUCAAGCUGGUCGACCAGGACGACGACGAGGUCACGCCCAGGAUCAACCUCCGCAACUGGGACCCGAGUCUGUUGUUGAAGGAGGUGUAUUCGGUCCGGCUGAUGGAAGAUAAUGCCGAGGACAUCUCUCACCAGUUCAUCGCCAUGGAGGGCUACAUGGAGAAGUUGCCCAUGAACAAGAAGAAGUCGACGCUGCUGAAGACGUGGAAGAGGAGGUUCUUCAAGGCUGUUGAUGGCUGGCUGUACUACUAUGAGUCCAGUAACCGGGACAAGCCGAGCGACACCGUCCAGCUGAUGGGGGGUCGGAUAGACGACAUGAGCAACAGAAUCCUCGGGAUCGAUGAUGGAAGAGGCAAGUUCCUGAUGGUGCGCUGUCCCACGGAGCGUGAACACGGGCAGUGGAAGUUGGCGCUGGAAUCUCAGACAGCCGACAAUACCAAGGCCAACUACAUCCGCCCCGCCCUGAGAGCGAACCCCCAUCCUCAGAAGAAUGUUGUGAUCAUCGAUCUUGGCAGCACAUCAGUGCGAGCAGGCAUACUUGGUGAUCAAGCAACCAUGCCAGCGUUGUUCUUCCCAAGUGUUGUUGCAGUCCACAAAACAACCGAUGAGCUGGUUGUUGGAAGUGACGCCUACAAGCCGAGUGUCCGACUCGAGUCCGUCCUCUCUCACCCCAUCAGCCCUUCCAACAAAGUAGACAAGGAUCACUGUAUUCUCCCUUUUAACAUCGACAGCAAGCAGAUGCCAGCUGUGUUCGAUAAGAUUUUCAGAGACCUGGGGGUCAACCCCUCGCAGUAUAUGGUGAUGAUCAGCACCCCCCAGAGUCUUGGGGACAACCUGCGGAAGAGUCUGAUGGAGCUGCUGAUGUCUCGCCACCAGGUGGCAGGGGUGUGCAUGGUGCAGCAGUCACUUCUCUCCCUCUACUCCUACAACGCCACGUCCGGCAUCAUCGUCGACAUCGGGGAGAGGAUCGAGAUCUUGCCCAUAUUCGAUGGUUUUGUCAUCGAGGGUGGGAUGGCCCGCCUCCCGUACGGAGCCCAGAAGGUUCAGGACACAUUGCUGCUCUCCCUCCUGGCUGACAACUACAAGUUCUCCUCGUCAGUAGAGAAGCUCCUCGUCAGAUACGUGAUGGAGAAGAGCUGCUAUGUGCCCCAGAACUACAAAGAGGAGGUCCAGCGCUGCAAGAUGUCCCCAGACUCCAUCAAGUCCACCGUCAGCCUCGACAACUUCAACCUGCCACCAGAAGCUUACAAGAGUGUGACCCAUGACGAGAGUCGGUUCCGGAGUCCGGAGGGGCUGUUUGACACAGACAUGUGGGAGAUGGACUUCCCCAAUCUCCACAAGCUGGUGUUCCAGGCCAUCCAGGCGUGUCCCAUGGACAGUCGCAGGCGCAUGUUCAGGGCUGUCUACCUGAGUGGUGGAGUCACAAUGAUGCCAGGAUUUGUGGACAGACUUCAACACGAGCUGAUGAAACUAGCGCCACCUAGUGUUCCCGUAGAGGUCCACGCGGCACCUCAGCGUUACCAUGCGGCUUAUGUAGGAGCGUGUGCAGUGGCUGGGAUGGCGGAGUUUGAACACAUGUGUAUAUCUCGAGAUGAGUGGCGGGACCACGGUGUCAAGGCUUUCAGAAAGUGGAAUGCUCCAUCGUCUUAGCAUCGUAAUAACAUCAUGACUUCCUUAAUUGGGAUACAUGAAAUAAUCCUUAUAAGGUCUUGGAUGUGUACAGCAUGACACCCCGAAGAUUUAUGGAUUAUUCUUGUUAGGUUGCGAGUCUGUACAACCAACCUUACACCCCUCGGAUAUAUGGAAUAUUCCUGUGGAUCUGUACAACCUUACACCCCUCAAAUACAUGGAACAUUCCAGUUCAUGGAUGAGCAGACGGACAGUUUCUGUUUCAUAUACAUGUGUAUAUCAAAAUAAUUGUACAAUUCUGUAAUUUAUUUAACAAAUACUAUUGGAUUGUAUUUAUGUAUACACAGAAUGACGUGUACAACAGUGAGUUUAGUAUGUAUACAUGUGUAUAUGUAUAUGCACACUAGGGCUGCCAUUGGGCAUUGAAACAUCAGUAUAUAUUAGUUGUCAACCAUUCUCCUUAGCCAAUGAGAAGCUAGUAUCUAAAUGAAAUAGCUAGCUAGAUAAAUAUAUAUGAGAAAAUUGAUACAGGUUUUCUGUUUUCUGUAAGGGCUUAAAAGGAUAAGUCUCCGAUAAUGUAUUCAAGUGAUACACAAUGUACAACAGUGCGGAUCAAAACGCAUGCACCUUAAGAUUAACAUUGACACCUUGUCACUAGUUUGAGUAUAAAGUGCCGCACAGCUCCUUCACAAGACUGAAUUUCAUCAUAUAUUUUGAAAAAUUGUCUGUAAUAGUAUGCAGCAUUAAUUGAUAUAUAUGAGGAUACUCAAAUUUCCAAACAGUGACAGCCCUGUUGUGUGUAUGUAUGUACAGACACAAGGGAGUGUAGUAAGAUGAAAGUGUGUGUUAGAUAGCCCAGCGGGCCGUGUGUCAGCUUGUGAUAUGUUUAGGUUUGUUUCCCACGUCAUUGUGUGGAUAAUAGUGUCAAACUAACAUGUUUACUUUGAAACUGAUCUUAGCGGUUUUCAUUUUCCUUGCCAUGGACAAGUAUUUUGUACAUUGUAGGUCUCCAUUUUAUGUGUAAAUAAUUGAUGUGACUAAACAGUGACGCGAUGACUGUAAUGGGAUAAAUCCUUCAGAUGGAUGGAAAGUAACAAGGCCUAACAAAAAUGAUUCCAACACUGACUUCCUCUCUUGUUGCACAACUGGUAUUAGUUGAAGCGUUAAUGUGUGAGUUGACAUCUUCCCGAGGCAAAAGAGUUAACUGGAUAUAAAAGUCCAGUUUCCACCCUUGCCGAACUAGGCUGGUAUUAUGGAGUUACGUUUUGGAUGGACUAAU